UUUUAUUUCCUGGCACCAAGCCGUCAAUUUAACCAUUUUCUACAACGCAAGUAAGCUCGACGUAAGUACUUGCUCUGAAACUAAGGACGCACUCACGUGACUAGCUAGAAUUUGUCACGGGGCCUCCUUUUGAAUUUUAAGAGAGUUGUCAAUCAAAAUCUUCUCCAGGCAUUUACAGUGGUAUAUCUGACUCGUUCCCUAUCCCAUUUACACAAUGUUAAACAUAGAAAGGAACAAGGCUGCGCAGCUAGCAGGUAUAACAUAGAGAAGUACAAACCUACGCAGCUCACAGAAACAAAUAAAUGUGCGGGAACAAAGUUAACGCAGUGUCCAAGCCUACACAAUCAAUGGGCACCAGACAGCGUAGUACGGGGAACGAAUAUCGGUCAGCCAUUUAUGCACGAUCAGCUGAUGCAAGAUUCAGGUUGCGCGCAUAAGUCGGGCUCAAGUCUAACAGAGGUUGAUGGUCAGAAAAUGAAUCUCUUUAAGCAUGAGUUCCUCAAGUGGAAAAUCAAAGACGAAAGCAAGGGAAAACCAAGCAAACUUGCUAAACAAGACACAUGUAAACUUCAAGACAGGAUAAGAAAUGAGGGUAAAGCAGGUGCACAUGGCGACGAUACAGUUGCCAAAGAUGGACCCAUGGAGAAUAUAGACAGUGACGAGUAUGGAGAUGAGACAGUUGAAAGGCUUUUAGAACAUUUUAGAAGGACACUGGAUAAAGCUGGCUUUAAAACAAACAUGUGCCAGGCUGAAUGGCCUCAGUUAAAAAAAAUCCAUGCUGGAACUUCAUGAAAAGGGCCAGGACAUA